CAAGCAAUUUCCAUUUCAGCCGCUCCUCCCUCCCCAGCACGCCCCAGGCCGUCGGCGACUGCCGCAGCACCGCCUCCUCCCCCUCCUCCUUCCCAUGGCCGAUCCCUCCCACUCCUCCCCCACCGCCGGGGACGCCCUCCUCCCGCCGCCGGCCUCCGACGCGCCGGAGGCGCCCCUCCCCGCCGCGGCCGCCGAUCUGGACAAGGAGUUCGGGUUCCAGCGCGAGGAGCUCCACACGGAGAAGCUCGCCGGGACGGUGGGCUUCCACGAGCGCCACGUGUUCCUCUGCUACAAGGGCCCCGAGGAGUGGCCGUCCCACCUCGAGGCCACCGAGUCCGACCGCCUCCCCCGCCUCCUCGCCGCCGCCAUCAAGGCCCGCAAGCCCGACCUGAAGAAGAGCACCAAACUGACCAUUUGUGAAGGAGAAGACGGCACUGAGUCAUCUCUUGGAGACGUGUUGAUCUUUCCUGAUAUGAUCCGAUACAGAGGGCUGACCCACUUUGAUGUUGACAACUUCGUUGAAGAAGUACUCGUGAAAGAUACUGAAUGGCUUCCUGGAUCUCCUGAGGCUAUAAGAGGUUCCUAUGUUUUUGUCUGCUGCCAUGGAAGCAGGGAUAAAAGGUGUGGUGUUUGCGGUCCUGCUUUGAUUACAAGGUUCAAGGAAGAGAUUGAAGCAGAAGGUCUUGAUCGUCACGUGGCUGUUAGUGCAUGCUCACACGUGGGAGGUCAUAAGUAUGCAGGAAAUGUCAUCAUAUUCAGUCCAGAUGCCAAGGGAGAAGUGACUGGUAAUUGGUAUGGUUAUGUUGCCCCUGAUGAUGUGCCUGAGUUACUGCACAAACAAAUUGGACAAGGGGGAGCGAUUGUGGACCGUCUAUGGAGGGGUCAGUUGGGUAUGUCUGAGGAGCAGCAGAAGAAAGCUCUGGAGCUUAGGCACAUGACGAAUGGCGUGGCUGGGGAAGAAUCAAGCGCCAAAGAAUCCCCUGAAGCAAAUGGAACUGACGGGGCACCUGCAGGUGGAUGCUGCCAGGGCAAUGGAGGAGGCUUUAGCUGCUGCCAAAGUGAUCUGCCAGAAGGAAAACAGGAUAAGAGCAUUCCAGCUGAGCAGAACCGCAGGAUCUCCAAGACAGAAAGUGUCAAAGAAAGUGUUGCUGCCAACAAGGGUCGCAUGAGGAUUUGCCGGACGCCCACCUGGUUCGAUGCCUGGGAUAGUUCUGACACCUACACCACUCUUGCUGUUGUUGCAGCUGCUGCAACGGUGUUCAUUGCUUUCAGGGCCUACAAGACCAUGAACUGAAGCCUGUGAUGCAAUCCUCAAAACAAUGCCAGGUUUUGUGCACCAAGGAGAGUCUACCUCAAGUAUUAUACUAAGUACUUGUCCAUAGUGGUAAUGCUAGAACUUAAAAAGUAGCUGAUCUGGAGAUGGCGACGAAAAUCUGUUAUGCGUAAUGUCCUCAUGCGAAACUCCUAGGUUUUGAAGUUUUCAAUACCUUGGCUAUAUGUGCUGUAGCUAGGCUUUGGCUCUGAUGUUCUACAUGACGAUGUUAUGCUCGGCUGGUUGGAAUUGGGAUGUUCUGGAACAUGUGGGUUUUAAAGAAUUGCAACAGAAAAAACUCUGCAUUUUUGGUAUUUGCACUUUGCAAGCACAAAUUUAGUCUGAAGUUGUAUCUGCUACUUGUGGAAUUUGGUAUUGCGAAUUAUUUGCGCAAUAAACUUCCUCUGCUAA